AUGUCCAUCGACCCUGCGAUUGAGCUGCCUUUCUUCUACGGCAGCAUCAGUCGCUCGGACGCUGAGCAGCAUCUGAAGCUGGCUGGGAUGGCCGACGGCCUCUUCUUGCUGCGGCAGUGUCUCCGAAGUCUGGGAGGCUACGUUCUCUCCAUCGUGUGGAACCUGGAGUUUCACCACUAUCCCGUAGAGAAACAACUUAAUGGGACUUACUGCAUCACAGGAGGCAAGAACCACUGUGGGCCUGCAGAACUUUGUGAGUUUUACAGCAAGGACUCCGACGGGCUGGUGUGCACCCUAAGGAAACCCUGUCUGCGCUCCCCGGAGACACCGAUACGCCCCGGUGUGUUUGACAACCUGAGGGAAAACAUGCUGAGGGAGUAUGUGAAGCAGACCUGGAACCUGGAGGGAGAAUCCAUGGAGCAGGCCAUCAUCAGUCAAGCUCCUCAGCUGGAGAAGCUGAUUGCCACUACGGCCCACGAGAAGAUGCCUUGGUAUCACGGUAAAAUCUCCCGACAUGAAGGUGAGAGGCGGCUUUACUCUGGAGCACAACCAGACGGCAAGUUUCUGAUUCGAGAUAGAGAGGAGUCUGGCACUUUUGCUCUCUCCAUGAUGUACGGGAAAACUGUUUACCACUAUCAGAUCCUCCAAGACAAAUCAGGAAAAUACUCCAUGCCAGAAGGAACAAAGUUUGACACUGUCUGGCAGCUGGUUGAGUACCUAAAGAUGAAACCUGAUGGCCUAGUGACUGUUCUAGGGGAAGCGUGCAUCAGCAAAGCUGCCGAAAAGACACCAAGUAUUCCUGCAACAAGGCGGCCCGGCGGCGCCACAAAUGGAUACACACCGCCACCUCGAGCUGUUGCGAUGGCCUCAAGCCCAGUUACACCAGUGCCUGAUGAUCGUGAUAUUCUGCCGAUGGACUGCACCGGGUUUAACCCUUAUCACAACCCGAAUGAAGUGAGGAAGUUUAACAUUAAGAGGGAACAGCUGCUGAUGGAUGAAGUGGAGCUAGGCUCUGGGAACUUUGGCUGUGUCAAGAAGGGAGUCCUCAAGGCUGACUCGGGCCAGAUAGACGUAGCCAUAAAAGUGCUGAAGAGUGACAAUGAGAAGCUGGUGAAGGAGGAGAUGAUGAGAGAGGCAGAGAUCAUGUACCAGCUGAGCAAUCCCUUUAUUGUCCGCAUGCUGGGGCUGUGUAAUGCAGAGAAUCUGAUGCUGGUCAUGGAGAUGGCCUCUGCGGGACCUCUCAACAAAUUCCUGUCAAGCCAUAAGGAUACUGUAACUAUGGUGAACAUUGUCAACCUGAUGCACCAGGUGUCGAUGGGAAUGAAAUAUCUGGAGGAGAAGAACUUUGUGCACAGAGACUUAGCAGCUCGCAAUGUCCUGCUGGUCAACGGACAGUUUGCCAAAAUCAGUGACUUUGGGCUCUCCAAGGCUCUGGGAGCUGAUGAUAAGUACUACAAGGCUCGUACUACGGGUAAAUGGCCACUGAAGUGGUAUGCUCCAGAGUGUAUAAACUACCACAAAUUCUCCAGUAAAAGUGAUGUCUGGAGUUUUGGGGUCACCAUGUGGGAGGCCUUUUCCUACGGAGGGAAACCUUACAAGAAAAUGAAAGGACCAGACGUGAUUCGCUUUGUUGAAAGUGGGAGUCGCAUGGAGUGUCCAUCAGCAUGUCCAGAGCGAAUGUACACAGUGAUGAAUGAAUGCUGGAUUUACAAGCAUGAGGACCGUCCUGAUUUCAAGAAGGUUGAGGAGUCCAUGAGGUCUUACCAUUACUCCAUAUCGAACAAGGCCGUGCCUGAGGGAGCUGCAGUCGCUGCCGAGCCUAUCAAGUAGACAGAAACAAGGCACAUUCUGUCCCACGGCUUCACAAAGCAUCCAUUCAACUGGCCAUUAAACAACCAAAAACAAAGAGCUUUUUAUGAACAGUGCACACUGACCAGCCUCAACUACAGUGCAAAUACAGCGAAACAGGCCUCAGUGACAAUAAAUGUGCAUUUGUAAAUUGGAUGUAAAUUAGUGUGUCAGCCUUGUUAGGAGGAUUUCUAUCUGUGUGUGUGUCGUGGUUUGAAUGUUAGUAUCUACGUCUUUGCAUCGAUGAACAAACUAAUUUUAUAUCUUGCCAUUUUGGAGUGUAUGGGGUUUUUUAUGACUAAGGAACUAGAAUUAAAAAUAAUCCGAGCAGUUCUCAUUCAUGCCAUUUUUCAAAAUGUCUAUUAAGUCAGUUAUUUCAAGUAAUGAAUAUUUCAUUAUUAUUUCUGGAGGCUUCACACAAAGUUACUCAAACUAAAAAAGGAAAUACAGCCAUUUUUAUUUACUGAUCGCACAGUUAGUGUCAUGGGUCUUCAUGAAAAUAACAAAGACUGCAGGUUAUAAUUUAAGGUGUACUAUGCAGGAUUUUCCUAAACAAAACAAAAACCGAUGUACAGACUCAUACCAAAUAAUCCCUCUCAAUCAUCACUUAUGACUCACUAGAAGUUUUUGGUGGUGCAUUCAUGUGCAGACACUCUGCCCUCUGCCUGUAUUUUCUUAUUAUUUUGCAGGGUGUGAGGGUGUAGUGUAACAACCAGGUUACAUCGCUGUCUCUGUCUCUCUCCUCUGCUGUCUAUGUCUGUUUAACCAAGGGUGUGGCUGAGCUACACCCACACACACAUAUACACACAUCCAGCAGAGGCCACAGUGGACAGGAUGAAAUGUGCCCUUUGGCUGCAGUCACACCAAAUCUGGCAAUGCGGCACAUUCUUGCAGGUUUGUGUUUUAGAACUUAACCACUGUGAAAUAAUCAAAAAGUAGUGUUUUAUUCAUUUGAUUCACUGCUUUGUUAUCCCUACCAUCUCUUUCAUUCACUCUCUAACUUGCUUGAACUCCACUGCUCUCUCUCUCUCUCUCUCUCGCUCAGGUGUCGUUGAGCCGGGGAGGAGAGGUCAAAUUUGAAUUGUUUUUUACAAACAGCAACCGACAAAAUCCUGCAUAGUAUGCCUUUAAGUUCAUAAACAUACUACAUACAGUGUAUAUUUUUGAGAUACCACAAA